AUGUCGGGUAUAGAGAUCGCAGCGGCAGCAGUCUUAGCUUCGCAAUUACUUGAUGCUAAGUAUCACGUCAAGGAUGAUAUCUUAUUAGUACGAAAAGUGUUAAGCAAAGCAAUACCAUACGCUUUGGACUGUUAUAGAGGAAAGGCAAGUUAUUGGUAUCCUUUUGAGAAGUCUGUCUUGAAACACCCAAAUAAUUGGGCUGUUUCUUUUCCUAGACCCAAAAAGAAUGCUCCUCCUCCGAAGAAGGAUGAGAAUGGAUUCCCUAUUUAUGAUGAGCAAUUCACGCUAGAAAGAUAUACAUAUAAGGAAUUGUACGAUAUGGUAUUGCGAUUCUCCUACAUGCUUAAAAAUGAUUUUGGUGUUACGGCUGAUCAAACAAUAGGUGUGGAUUGUAUGAACAAACCACUUUUUAUAAUAUUAUGGCUCUCCUUGUGGAAUAUUGGAGCAAUACCGGCGUUCUUGAAUUUCAACACUAAGGAUAAGCCAUUAGUCCAUUGUUUAAAGAUUUCAAACGUCACUCAAGUUUUUAUUGACCCGGAUUGCGCUGGUCCCAUCAGAGAUACAGAAAGCGCCAUUAAUGAAGAGUUACCACAUGUUAAACUUCACUACAUUAAUGAACGCGAAUUGCUUAGAGUUUUGCAAGAAAGUUCAAGACCGAAAUACAGAGCUCCUGAUAACACUAGAAGACCAGAUGAUAGUGAUUUUUCGUGUUGCGCCUUGAUCUACACGUCCGGCACAACUGGCUUACCCAAAUCUGCUAUAAUGUCAUGGAGAAAGGCAUUCAUGGCGUCGUGUUUUUUUGGACAUAUUAUGAAGAUAAAUUCAAAUUCUACAGUCUUGACCGCUAUGCCACUAUAUCAUUCUACAGCUGCAAUGUUGGGUGUUUGUCCGACCUUAUUAGCGGGUGGUUGUGUUUCUAUAUCCCAGAAGUUCUCGGCAACGUCAUUUUGGACCCAAGCAAAACUUACGGGCGCCACGCACAUUCAGUAUGUCGGUGAAACAUGCCGUUAUUUAUUACACUCCAAGCCUCAUCCUGACCAGCAGGCUCACAAGGUUACUAUAGCAUAUGGUAAUGGGUUACGUCCGGAUAUAUGGCUCGAGUUCAAAAAAAGGUUCCAUAUAAAAGCCAUUGGCGAAUUUUAUGCGUCAACGGAAUCUCCGAUAGCUACUACGAAUUUGCAGUAUGGUGAAUUUGGUGUUGGAGCGUGUAGAAAAUAUGGAUCACUAAUCAACCUCAUUUUGUCCCUUCAACAGAAAUUGGUGAAGAUGGAUCCUGAGGACGAAAAUGAAAUUUGGAGAGACCCGAAAACAGGGUUUGCUACGCGUCCGGGAAAAAAUGAACCUGGUGAGUUAUUGAUGAGAAUUGUCAAUGCGAAAAACCCAGAAACAUCCUUCCAAGGUUAUUAUGGUAACAAAAAGGCGACUUCUUCGAAAAUUAUUACCAAUGUGUUUAAAAAAGGCGACGCAUGGUUUAGAAGUGGCGAUCUUUUGAGAAUGGAUGAAGAUGGCUUAUUGUACUUUGUUGAUAGAUUGGGAGAUACGUUCCGCUGGAAGUCUGAGAAUGUUUCUGCGACCGAAGUUGAGAAUGAAUUAAUGGGCUCUGGUGCUAUUAAACAAUCUGUUGUUGUUGGUGUAAGAGUUCCAAAUCAUGAAGGAAGAGCAGGAUUUGCAGUGGUUGAACCCAUCGAUGGCUUGGAUGAUAAAGAAGUGUUGGAUAAGAUAUUCAAACAUGUUGAUAAGACCUUACCUAAAUAUGCCAUCCCUCAGUUUAUAAAAAUCAGUAAAAUUGAAGCAAGCCACAACUUCAAAGUCCCAAAGGCGCAAUUCAAAAAUCAGAAACUCCCUAAAGGAGAAGAUGGUCGUGACGUUAUAUACUGGUUGCGCAAGAAUGGGUAUACAGAAUUGACUGAAGGAUCUUGGAAAGAUGUUAUGAAUGGUGCGUCGAAAUUGUAA